AUGUUCUUGCGUGUGCAGCUGUUAGCGUUGGCAGUGACGCUGGUACAAAGUUCGAGUGCAUACUACAGCGGACCGUUCCUAUUUUGGGGCCUGGAUGAUCUGAAGGACCUGCAAACGCCUGCCCUGAGCGAGCUGGAUGAUAAGAUGCUGCGGGAUCUCUACUCAAAUGCGGCCGCCGUCGUAGUGUUCCUGAGGAACGGAACCACAAAAUUGUCGGCCGACAAUUUCCCCACGUUCAAGCGCAUUGUGGAAAAGUACGAAUUUAUGUACAGCCCGCAGCAAAUGCUGAGCUCCAAUCCGCUCGAUUACAAUGUGAAUGCUGAGGUUAUCAACCUGGUAGGUUCACCAUCCCAGCAGGAUGUGGAACUAUCGGCCCUGUUCCGUGACUCGACGGAAAACUAUGGCGAGCGUAAGGUGCUGGGCAUACUCGCUAAUCAAUGGGAAGAACCGCACGUGCUGCACAAGCGCGAAGCGAAAGGGGGCGACGAAUUGUACUCCACCAGCAGCACCACACCGGGCAGUCCGACUGAUGAGCCGGAAAUAGCCGACUCCCUCUACAACGUGCCCGGAAAGGCGAUCCUAUAUAUGACGGGUCCACCGGUGCUGAAGAUGCUGAACGAUUCUGACGAGGGCGAAACGACACACGUGCUGGACAAGCAUACGCUUGCCACGUACGAUGCACGGGAGCGUGAAAGUAAAAUGAUUGUCACGUUCAAAGUGGACGAUUCGACGAAGCUGACUCUAAAGUUCCGAUUCGACAUGGAUGCUGGGUACUGGUCAAUGUCGAAGGUGGAUGUGUUCGUGAUGGACACCAAGAGCAAGGACGGUUCCAAGUCUCUCGACACAACGCUCGAGCUGGAGGGUAAAACACCGUACGCACCGCUGGGCGCUUCGUACUCUUGCGCCCGUCAGCUCUUAUUCCGCAAUGGCACAACCAUCCUGACGCUGGAAAACAUUCAGGUCCAGCCAGCACUGGAAGGAAAGACCAAGUUUGACAGUGCCUGGGACUGUGUCGGAUUCACCACGGCCCCAAUAUUGUCCGGCAUCUUCGUGACGUCCUUCAUGCUGAUCGGGCUGACCAUUGCGAUCAUUGCAAUACUGGACAUCAAAACACCGAACCGGUUCGAGUCGCGCACCGGCAAACAGUUGACAUUCACGGUUCAGGAGUAAGU